GCUUAUAGUGCGGAAAAUGACGCGGCUGGUGGCUGCAGAUUGCUAGUUAUUUUCAUCACCAGCAUAGCAACGAAAAAAGAAAGAAAAAAAAAAGGAAAAUGGAUAAAAACAUUACAACGUUCCCCGUUCAGCUUUAUAUUUACGACCUGUCAAAGGGAAUGGCGCGCCAGCUCAGCCCUAUAAUGCUCGGGAAGCAGCUCGAUGGAAUUUGGCACACUUCCAUUGUAGUUUAUGGAGAAGAGUUCUUCUUCGGUGGUGUUGGGAUCUCCAGUUGCCCACCGGGAGGGACAAUGCUUGGGCCACCCGAUACAGUGGUGGAGUUGGGCAACACCGAGGUGAAUGAGGAGAUCUUUAUGGACUACUUGUCAUCGCUUGGAGAAACCACGUACAGAGGAGAAAGAUAUAAGUUGUUUGAACACAACUGUAACACCUUCACUAAUGAAGUGGCUCAGUUUCUAACAGGCCAGAAGAUUCCUUCUUACAUCACAGACCUGCCAUCUGAAGUGCUCUCCACGCCGUUUGGGCAGGUCCUGAGGCCGAUCCUGGACUCCAUCCAUAUUGCGCCCCCUGGUGGAAGUGUUAUCAACAGCCAUAAUAAUCACAGCUAGGUCUCUUUCACCAUCUACACACACUGGCAGCUUGUGUUUGUGUUUAAACAGUCAUGUUGGGUUUAGACUUGGGGACCGGUGUGCUGUCGUUUCUCUGCUCCUGCUCUACAGACACACGGCUCGGAUCCUCAGCUCUGAUCCUCACGCUGCAGUCCUGAAGCCACAGUCAGGGAUCUCAGUACUUCAUCCCAGUGUACACUGAGCUCCACCUCCACACGCUGUACUCUGUAAAGUAUUGUUACCCCAUUGGUAUCUCAUGAUUUACCGUGAAAUCCGGUACAUUUUUAUACCUAUGAGAUGAAUCAUUUAAAUAAAUCAAAUGGCUUACCUUUGUAAGUGAUUCCUCGAUCGGACCAGCAGUCUGAUUGGCCAUGUUUGUGAAAAGAAUUAUGUGAUCCUCCAUUGUAAAGGAUGCUACCUUUAAAUUUUGCAGCUGUUUUCUGCCUUCUGAUUGGAGCACAGUGUUCAUUCUUUGCAUAACAGCGACUCUGAGCUAGAAGUGUGUGUGGCACAGGUACGAGUCCGUGUGCUUAAUAAUGAAAUCGUUAGUUAAUUGCGAGCGUGAAAAUGAAUCCCUGAUUGUGGCCCUUUGGAUUCAGUCGUGCUUUUUUAAUAUUCAGAUAUUGCGUACAUGACAUAAGCUCCAGUGUUGACUGUCUUUAAACACCUGCAUCAUAAUAAAUGUCUUAUAAAAGCUAUAUUUAUCAGAUAAGUUACAGUUUCAGCCCAUCCUAUAGCCAGUAAAUGGGUUUUACAUAUUAAGUAUUUAUUAUAAUUAAACUGUUUAUCUAUAAAUCUUUAGUAAAUGUUUGUAGUGUGAUUUUGAAGCCUUUUCAGUGUUAUACAGUGAUAAAUCACUCCGAUUUCUAUCCAUUUAUUUGCACAUUUGAACACCGGGCCUCUUUCCUGUGUUUCAGUCACUGCACUUUAACUUAGCGAUUGCCAUAUUGUAGGUUUAUUUUUAUUUGAUCCUUUUCAGUGUGAGAUGAGCAGCAUGAUAGACUCAUACGGUUGUUGUGUAUGUUGUUUAUGAGUUUUCACAAUGGAAACUAAAUCAUAAGCAGAUUACGGUGCAUAGGCCAAGACACAGAGACCGAGUUAAGACAGUCAAAACACCAUGUAGGAGAAUAAAGAUUAGUACGACACACUAGAGAGUCACAGAGCGUCAGAACCCAUGCAGUGAUUUGUGAUCGAGUCUCUGAUACGGUUUUAACUGAAGGACACCUUUAUCACUUUAUUAUAUUUUAAUUUAUCAUUGCAAUUUCUUGUUAACAAUAAUAUAGUUGAAUAAAGUGUUCUGUUAUGUUGCCAUGAAUAUUUAUUUGUUGUUAUGAUUUGAAUGUGUUCCAUAUGUACUCGUAAUAACUGGACUUUAAUAUCUAACCUAUUUGUAAAUAUAUAUAUUAUUACGUUAUACAAACAUAUU